CUCUUUAAGCUGAUCACCGCAGAUUUCUCCAGUCAGUCAGGUUUUGACGACAAUUUCGCUGACGUAGUGAUCACACCAAGCUAUCUGCGAAGAGUUCUCGCUCCACAAACCUGUGCUAUCAAUAAGCAAGAGCUCGUGCACCUUGGUGAAAAACGAUCACGUUCAGAGUCUACACUCGAGCUGUCCACCCCCAUUUAUACAUGCUUAAUUAAUGCCUAUGGUCGACUACAGUUUGUCGAAGAAAACAAAGUGGUUUACCUGUCAUUGAAAAGUGGUCACUCGAUCGAGCUAUCAUGUGCUGACGUAUCUGCUCAGAAUUCUUUGGAAUGCCUAGCAGUUCUUGCGACCCUUUGGGUUGAGCUCAAUGAACAUUUCUGUCCUUGUCGAUAUUUUGGAGCUCUAUUCAAAAUAUCACCAACUCUUCACAUAGAAAUGACCAAUAAGAUUGAAACCGCAGCUCCGGUUGCUCAUUGUUUAUUGGUUGACAAAGUCAUCGGUGGAAUAAAUCAUAAGUACUGGAUAAAUUAUGAAUCUGGAAAACGUUUGUCUGUACAUGAACUGAAGCAAGAUUCUGAUGAGGUCGUAGAUUUGAAGGACCCUUCAAAUGUGUUUCCUGAUUUGGCCCUGAAUGAUUUCCCAGGCACAGUGACGCGAUCAUCGACGACCUGUUCAGAAAAGCUCAGAUGGAGUGCUAUUGGCUUUGAUACAGGUCGCGUCUUCCUAUCUGUCUUUGAUACAAAUACCAAGGAAGUUCAGAGAAAGCAAAUCAAAUUCUCUGGACCCAUUUCUGUUCUUGAGUUCGUACCGUAUCAAACUCUCCGUACACCAAGAAUUAGUGAGUGCGAAGGUUCCGAUCCGCCGGAAUUGAACGAGGAACGGUUUCUUGUUGUGUCCUCCACACUUGGUCCCGUUGCGAUCUGGAGAUGUGUUUACGAAGAUAAUGUGCUGAGCUGGAACAACGAGUUUGUACUAUCGCAGUCUGAACAGUUCGAUACAAUAACUUCAGCCUGCAUUAUUAGUGGCAAUAUAGCAGUCGGGACAUACUGCGGGAAAAUCCUAUUCUAUGCGUCUCCUUAUGAUCUCCUUUGCCACGAAAUUGCGUCGAUUACUCAAGUCCAUGCUCCAAUUGUAAAUAUGAAGGUUCUCGAUUAUAAAACAUUAUGCAUUCUCUCAACGGCUGGUCUACACACUGUCACUCGUUCAGAUAUAUAG